CAUAGUCCUGAUGUGUCCCACUUAAUGUUUGCAGAUGACACACUGGUUAUGUGUGAAGCUAAUGGUGGCCAUGCCAGGACCCUUAUGACCUUGCUCCACAGAUACCAGUUAUUCACUGGUCAAAGUGACAACAUGGGGAAGUCCUCUAUCUUUUUCAGCAGAAAUUGCUCAUCUUUACUCAAAACUGAUAUCUGCUAUCUGUUGGGAGGAAUUAAAUCACACAGGUCUACUAGAUACCUCGGUUUGCCUUUAGGUAUUGGGAAAUCUAAGAAGGAAUCUUUUGAUUAUAUUUUGAAGGCAGUGAGAGACAU